AAACUAUAUUUUGAAUUGGUUUUGGGUAAAGUUACACUGUCUUGAACAAAAGUUAUUUAAUUUUUGGCAAUCUAAAGUAUUAUGUGAUUUAUUGUUUACAAUUUUUGUUUUUUGUGGCAAUUCCGUCUUUAGUUUAGAUUGUUUUAAAUCUGGGACAAGGCGAUAUGGCUAGUAGUCUGACUGAGUUCACAAGUACUAACUCAAGUAAACUUAUUUUUGAAGAUGUGUUAUCACCUUUUUUACCCAUAGAGAUGCUCAACAAUGAAAGUGACACCGACUGUCCUGAUAUCUUCUGUAAUUUAUUUGAAGAAAUUGGACCUUUUCCUGAAUCGAUGCCACCUCCACCACCUUUGCCGCCCCACUUUAUCCAAUUCUUAAAAGAAAACCAUUCUCUACCCGAUCAGAAAAUGAAUGAUUGUAAUUUCUGCAAUAUUUUUAGUGAUGUGAUGGAAUCUGAACUUGUUGCCUCUGAACCAGAAUUUAAAACUGAUGAAUCUUGGUCUUCAACAUUGUUUAUAUCGGUUUUUGGAUUGAUUUUGGUCAUUUUUACACUCAUCAUCUUUAUUAAAAUCAAAAAGUUGAAGCCAUUCUCUUCUCAAGAUAAAAAUCUUUGCCUAAAACAAUCGCCGCUUUGUUCACCAUCAGAGCACUGUAUUGCUCCAGUUAUUAAUGAAAAAUCUCCUCAAAGUGUUAUAUUCAGUUGUUCAACCAGAACUUCAACGCGAAGUAAAUACUGGAGACAGACUAGAGGCAAUUCAGACACUAUUGGUUCAAAAGUGGACGUUAUGGAUCAUUAUUCCAAUAUUCAUGACGGUGAAAGCUGCUUAUCUAGUCCGGUGUAUGCUGAGCUGGAUGCCAAUGGUAUAGCAAUCAACCAUGAUCAAGUUUCGAGUUCCCUUCUAAUGAAUGAUCCUUCAACUUAUGCUCAUACUUAUUCAGAAAUUGCUGAAGCCAUGAGAAUGGCAACACUCGGCUCAUCAACUUUAAUUUCCGAUGCAUCCUACUACAACGUUACUUAUUUACCUUAUGAUCAAUAUCAAAAACGGCCAAUGACAAAGCAUCACUCUAAAUUAAAGGCCCAUGGAAGUGCUGCUCCUUUGCUUGAUAUUUCUCAACAAAUCUCGGAAUCUUGCUCAAAUUAUAAAGCUCAUGAACGGUCCCAAGCAAAAUCAAUUUAUAAACCCAAUUCAUCUCAAAUUGACUUGAAUAACCAUCCACAUCAACAAACUGAGACCCGUCAGGAACCUAGUUUCAUAAGCCCUUACAAAUAUGAAGCUCCUCUCAAUCCACUGCUAUUGCCUACAUUUGAAGCUUCUUAUGCUUAUAAUUUUUUAGAACGGCAAAGUCUUAAACGCCCGUUACCAGCUGUACCAUAAGCUUUAUCCCGUUUUGGACUCAAUUAUGUAUUACCUGCAUCUACCUCUCAGCGAUCAUAAGUUAUGAAUCUAGCUUAUAUAAUAGUCGCGAAUCGCCAGUUCGUAUUUUUAAUACUACCAACAAAUCAACUUGUAACUCGAUAUCUUUAUAUUUACUUCAUAGAUUAUCAACAAAAACUGAAUUCAUCAACUCAUUAUUAAUAUGAAUACAAUAAACUAU